AUGAUCAAUGGUAAAGAUGUAUACAACAUUGUUGAGAGUGUUUUCCCCUUAUAUGUAGCAAUGACGCUAGGUUAUGCAUCAAUAAAAUGGUGGAAAAUUUUCACACCAGAUCAAUGUGCUGGCGUAAACCAUUUCGUAGCAUCAUUUGCAGUUCCAGCAUUAACUUUCGUCUACAUAAUUCCAAUAAAUCCUUACCAUAUGAACUGGAGGAUACUAAUAGCCGACACACUUCAAAAAAUAGUGACACUCUUGUGCCUAAUCCUAUGGAACAUUUUCACGAAACGAGGUAGUUUCGAUUGGACUAUAACGGUUUUCUCACUCAUUAACUUACCUAACACGCUUGUGGUUGGGAUUCCUCUCUUGCAAGCUAUGUAUGGAGAUUCGACGCCGCUUUUGAUCCAGAUAGUGUUCAUGCAAGGAGUUUUGUGGUAUACUGUUUUGUUGAUAAUGUAUGAGUAUAGGGCGGCGAGGAUAUUUAUUGCGCAGCAGUUUGUGGUGAGGAAUGAGGAUGGGACGGAGUCGGUUAUGACGGAGUCGGAGAAGAUUGAUAUUGGAUCGAAUGUUGAUGUGGAGUUGGGGGAGCUUUUGCAUAGUUUGAGUGUUAGGUCGGGUUCGAGGAAGAAUGGGGUGUUUAGGAGGAGUAAGAGUACUAGUAGUGCUAAUUUGGGUAUUGAAUGGAAGAGUGUGAAGAGUAGGAGUGGGAGGGUUUCUCCUCAUCCGAUUUUGAAAUCUAUUAGUGGGAAAAGAAAUAUGAGUUCUAGUGGUCGUUUGACACAUGAAAUUGAACCAUCAGAAGUUGAUAACUUUGCAUUGUUUGGAAUUAAAGUAAGUACAGAGAGAGAGCACGAGAGCAAGGAGGAGAAGAUGGAGGAUAUUAAAGAAGAAAUUAAUGAGGAACAAAUGCCACCAAGUCAAUCCAUGGUGUUAAAGCUCAUUGUAAUUAGGGUUUACAAGAAACUCAUCAAAAACCCUAAUCUUUGGGCUUCAGUUCUUGGCAUCAUAUGGGCUCUCAUAGCAGCUAGGUUGAACAUCAAAUUGCCAACAAUCAUAUAUGAUUCUGUUACAAUAAUGUCUAAAACUGGACUAGGGAUGUCCAUGUUUAGUCUAGGCAUAUUCAUGGCAUUACAACCCAAGAUCAUUGCGUGUGGAAAAAAAGCAGCAGCAAUGUCUAUGCUACUUAAGUUCUUGAUUGGUCCUGCGUUGUUUGGUGCAACCUCUGCAGCAGUUGGUGUCCGUGGAGUUGUUUUUAAAAUAGGAAUCGUGCAGGUAAAGUUGUGA